AUGACCGCUGAAAAGCUUCGCAUUAUCAUCGUCGGCUCUGGCCUGGCAGGCCUAGCUGCGGCCCGGAUCCUCCGCGAGCAUCAUGUUGUCAUCGUCUACGAGCGCGGUGGUCCAGAUACGGCCACCGGUGGACAGGGUAUCUGUCUGUUCUCCAACGGGGUGAAGAUCCUUCAAACCAUGGGAUUUGACCGUUGUCGUGCUGGUGCAGUGCCAUGUUACGGUUACCGGCUGUUUGACAAAAAUGGCAAUCAAUUGCAAGACUUCCCAAUUGACUUCAAGGGGCGGUACGGGGCAGAUACUCUGAGCAUGAAGCGGUCUGAUUUCCGUGAGGAACUUCUUCGCCUUGCAACUGCCCCAUCGGAUGAGCUCGGUAUCCAAGGCUGUCCGGCGCAGAUGGUGUUCAAUACCAGUGUCAUUGAUAUCGACCCUGAGAAGGCUACUGUGACGUUGGAAGACGGGUCGGUUGUGGACGCAGACGUGGUUAUUGUUGCUGAUGGAGUGCACUCGCGCCUCCGUCGCCGGAUUGUUGGCAGUGACAGUUAUCAGGCGAAGAAGAAUGGGUUAACUUGCUACCGGAUUGCCGCCUCCGCUGAGGCCGUUAAAGAAGCACUCGGCUAUCUCCCCGUGUGGUGGGAGCCGAGUACAGCCGAAGGUCGCAUCUCUGGGCUGCAGGCAGGUGAUGGGAGUAACCGCAUGAUUGCAGCCUACGCCAUUCGGAAUUAUGACUAUAUGAACUUCUCGUGCCUCUUUCCGACCCGCCAUGACAAAGGAAGUGUCCUGGAGUCGUGGUACGCAGACGGUGACCGACGGGAAAUGACUGAGAUCUUCAACGAUUACUGUCACCCUAUACGCACGAUUCUAAGCAUCGCCACCGAGGUGAAAGUGUGGGAGCUCCAAGAUAUGGACCCCCUUCCUAACUGGAAUCGAGGACGAGCAAUCGUCAUCGGAGAUGCCGCCCAUGCCAUGACCCCAUUGCAGGGUCAAGGUGCGAACAUGGCGGUCGAGGAUGCUGACAGUCUCCGCUUGUUGCGUCCAGGACUUUCCCAUGCGGAAAUCGAAGCGGUUCUUAAGCAAGUGGACAAUAUUCGCCGCCCGCGUGCUUCAAAGGUCCUGGAGGACACUCGUGUGAUGGCAAAGGAUAUUACCAUGGAGGAAAGACUGGCCAAUUUAGACUAUAACUGUGGCUACAAUGGUGUAUCUGAAGCUCUAAAGGAGAUUCGAUGA